CAAACCCGCCCAGCUCCUCUCACUCACUCUGUUUCCCCGGACUCACACACACUGACACUCACACACACUCUCAUACGGCGGCAGCAGCAGAGGCAGCAGCAGGCGGACUCACACACACACACACACACGGACUCGGAAUGGAGACGGAAGGGAGCCAGAGCAGCCUGACCACCGCGGACUCCCCCCACGACCCCUGCAAAAUGUUCAUCGGUGGACUCAGCUGGCAGACGACACAAGAGGGUCUGAAGGAGUACUUCUGCAAGUACGGCGAGGUGAAAGAGUGUAUGGUGAUGCGAGAUCCGGUUACCAAGCGCUCGAGAGGGUUCGGAUUCGUCACCUUUGUUGAUCAGGCCGGCGUGGAUAAAGUUUUGGCCCAAACCAGGCAUGAGUUGGACUCGAAAACAAUUGAUCCAAAGGUUGCGUUCCCUCGAAGAGCUCAGCCCAAGCUGGUGACUCGAACCAAGAAGAUCUUUGUGGGCGGCCUGUCAGUGAACACAACCAUCGAGGACGUCAAGCAAUACUUUGACCAGUUUGGGAAGGUGGACGAUGCCAUGCUCAUGUUCGACAAGACCACGAACAGACACAGAGGGUUCGGCUUUGUGACGUUCGAGAAUGAGGACGUGGUGGAAAAAGUCUGCGAGAUCCACUUCCACGAGAUCAACAACAAAAUGGUGGAGUGUAAGAAGGCUCAGCCCAAGGAGGUGAUGUCCCCCACGGGCUCGGCCAGAGGGCGCUCUCGGGUGAUGCCCUAUGGGAUGGACGCCUUCAUGCUGGGCAUUGGUAUGCUGGGCUACCCAGGCUUCCAGACUGCCACUUACACCAGUCGGAGCUAUGCAGGCAUCACUCCUGGAUACACCUACCAGUUCCCUGAGUUCCACUUAGAGAGGACUCCCCUUCUGACUUCACCCCACCCCCCUGAGCUCACAGCCAUUCCUCUUACAGCCUAUGGACCAAUGGCGGCGGCUGCAGCGGCGGCAGCCGUAGUCCGAGGCUCCACCCCUUCUCGCUCCGCUGGGUUUCUAGUUACCUCAGUGCUGCCAGCCCUGCCCCGAGCACCGGAUUCAGCCAUAGUCUCGGGGGCCCUUUGA